AUGAAUGUAGUCUUUGUGGUGUUGGUCUCGUUCUUUCUGGCCGCGGUAUGGCCAACCGAUGGCCUGUAUUUGCGGCACGACACGCAGCGUGAUCUGCAUCCGAAACUGGCAUCCCUUCUAGCAGCCCUUAACCAGACAGCCAGAUUAAAGCUCGGUUCAGACAGAUCGAGAUCGCCAGCCCCAUAUUUGCAGAAACUGGAGGCCACCUUGUUGGCAAUGGCCCAGGACACAUCGCAAAUUCCCGCGGAACUCCUACAUGGAGUGAAGGAUGAUGUCAUGACCAUGGUAUCUAAUGAGUUGAAGCCCAGGAUUGUGACUGAGCAUCAGCAAAUCCAGGCUCAGAUAGCAGAGUUCAGCGCUUUGUUUGCCAAAUGUGAGGAAGUGCGAGGCUCUGGUUUGAACGAGUCCUAUGCAGAGCAACAGGCUAUCCCAGUAUUGAUUGCCAAUCACAAAGCGUGCAGAGAGCAAGAGUCUGCUCUCCAAGAUAGACUGGAGACUUGUAGAACCGCCCUGCAAUCUUCUCAAAUGGUUGAUGCUUCGACUUGCGAGUCAGCCAGGCUUCUAGACCGAAUCCCAGAUGUCUCCAUUUGUUCAGCGCAGAAUGGCGAGAGUGCAGAGUUUUAUCACGCUCGCAUGCUGGAGGUAUUCAGGGACAGACUGAAGAACAUUCGGAUCCGGCGCCUACUUUGCGAGAACACAACAGGAGCUCUCAAUUUGCAACGGUCAGCAUGUGACACACAGGCUCGCGAAGUUCAGCAGCAGAGGGAAACUUGCAACCUCCUGCAGCGCCAGCUGGACUCUUCAGCCUGCGAUCUCUCGUUGUCCAUGAACACGACCUGCGCCAAGUAUCAGGCUUGCCGCUCACAGGCAACUCUCUCGUAUGACUUGGUCCACAACACCGUGAAGGCAAGAGAGUCCAACCUGCACGACGAAUGGAAAGCUUUGCAGCACAUUGAAUGCAUUUUGGAAGCCAUGGUUGGAACUGACAUCAUGCGAGCAGCCCAAGAUUGUGGCCGAGCUAUCUACAGUGUGGCACACCUCGUGGUCAACUACAUCACCAUUCCGACUUGUCAGGCAUGUGAAGAUUUAGCAGAAGUGCCUGGAACUGCGGACUACAAUGCCACGGUUUUUGCUAACAUACCGGCCAACGCGCCGACUUCAGAAUGUGCAGCUUCGUGCUGCUUAUCUUGA